AUGCACUCUCCCAUUCACUCCCAUGCACUCUCCCAUGCACUCCCAUUCCAUGCACUCUCCCAUGCACUCUCCCAUGCACUCUCCCAUGCACUCUCCCAUGCACUCUCCCAUGCACUCUCCCAUGCACUCUCCCAUGCACUCUCCCAUGCACUCUCCCAUGCACUCUCCCAUGCACUCUCCCAUGCACUCUCCCAUGCACUCUCCCAUGCACUCUCCCAUGCACUCUCCCAUGCACUCUCCCAUUCACUCCCAUGCACUCUCCCAUGCACUCCCAUUCCAUGCACUCUCCCAUCCCAUAACUGGAGUCUGUCUCUCACUGGGCUGCACUGCCCUGCACAGCUCACUGGGCUGCACUGCCCUGCACAGCUCACUGGGCUGCACUGCCCUGCACAGCUCACUGGGCUGCACUGCCCUGCACAGCUCACUGGGCUGCACUGCCCCUGCACUGCCCUCCCUCGAAGCACCACUGCCCUCCCUCGCCUCGAAGCACCGCUGUCGACACCAACGAGGGCUGCACUGUGGGAGGCAGCACGAGUACCGGGCAUGGCAUCAGUGGCGACCACUCUAACCCACAACCCCUCCAACUUGGAUGCCCUCAACACCAUCCUUGCCCUAUUUUCUCUAAUACACACCGUUAGCAGCCAUGUGCCACACCCCCGCCACUGCCCCUCACCCCCGCCACUGCCCCUCACCCCCGCCACUGCCCCUCACCCCCGCCACUGCCCCUCACCCCCGCCACUGCCCCUCACCCCCGCCACUGCCCCUACCCCCCACCACUGCCCCUCACCGUCCUACUCUCCCCAUGUCUACUCUCCCUGUCUCUACUCUCCCCGUCCUACUCUUCCCGUCCCUACAUUCCCAUUCCCUACUCUCCCCGACCUUACUCUCCCCGCCCCUACUCUUCCCGUUCCUAUUCUUCCCGUCCCUAAUCUCCCCGUCCCCACUCUCCCCGUCCCUACUCUACCCGUCCUUAUUCUCCGCAUCCCUACUAUCUCAGUCCCUACUCUCCCCGUCUCUUCUCUCCCUGUCCCUACUCUCCCCGUCCUUAUUCUCCGCAUCCCUACUCUCUCAGUCCCUUCUCUCCCCGUCCCCACUCUCCCCGUCCCUACUCUCCCCGUCCCUACUCUCCCCGUCCCUACUCUCCCCGUCCCUAUUCUCCCCGUCCCUACUCUCCCCGUCCCUACUCUCGUCGUGCAUACUUCCAUCGUCCCUAUUUCCGCCUGCCUAUUUCCCGUCCCUAUCUUCGCCUGCCUAUUUCCCGUACCACCGCGCAUCACUCCGUGCCACCGCAGUCCCGCGCAUCCCUCCACGAGUGGUGGCGACCGCCAACAGUGCUCGCGCGUGAAUGCGCGCAUCUCACCCGCCUCGUCACACGCACACCUGCCGCUUCAGUUCCGCCCACGCGGCUGCAGGCGCGCCUGGCGGAAGGGCGGUGGGCGCACGCCAGGCGAGGCGCGCAGCAAACGUGCACCGCGCACCGCUGCCACCGUGACUGGACCAGGGCGCACCAUUCAUACUUCCCAACGAAACUGGCCCUAG